CGUGCACAAUGGCGCACUUUUCAAGCGGGAGAGGUGAUCAAACUGGACCAGACUUGACUUGAAUCACUGUGAUACUCGACUUUUCCUCCCGGCUGAAUUCGCACCGACUUUUAUCGGAAAAAUGGGUGAAAACGUACAGGGAACGUUUGUGUCCGAGAAAAUUUCCAAGAUAAGGUGGCAGUACGGAAAUUUUACGGAAGCGAAGAAUUUUUUAACCGGCAGUUGGGAUAACCCGGUAAAUAAAAUAACGUAUUGGACGUUCAGAACGAAUUACGACGAGGAAUCGUAUCCUGUGGUCCUGUCGUCGUACUCAUUCCUUGGAGAUGUAACUGAACUGAAGUUUAUCAGCAAAGAUUUCUUCGUCGCUGCCUCGUCUUUAGGCUCAAUAAGAUUACUGCAGAUCGAUGAGGAUGCCUGUACCGAAUUUAAGGAGCACAUGGCAUGGGAAUUUGUACAUAGUUUCAAAACAACGGAUUAUGCCUCCUGCACUGCCUUGUCCACCUUUGAACAAGACAUAGCUUCAGUGGGAGAGGACGGAAAGCUCAAUCUUCUCACGGCUGCAGAAAAGAAACCAGUUAGAGCUAUUGAAAAUGCCGAUAGCUGCUCCAUAUAUUGCGUCGAUUUCUUAAAGCACAAUGAAGUGCUCACAGGAAAUUCCAGAGGACAUAUGAAAGUUUGGGAUUUGAGAAAUGAUCGGGAUGUGCCUGCAACUACUUUCAUGCUCUCAGAUCAGGUUAAAACAGCAGCUACAAGUAUUACGCAUCAUCCUACUCAGAGACAUAUUGUGGUCGCUGGUGGAGACGACGGCAGUUUAACCGUGUGGGAUUUAAGGCAGAAUACGUAUCCGAUGUCGCAACUGAACGCGCACAGCAAAGCCGUCAGCGAGAUACUGUUCCACCAAGACAGACCCGAUAAUCUUUUCACCUGUUCCGUCAGCGGAGAAUUGUGGCAUUGGAAUAAUGCACAGAGUUCGAAAUUGAAACUCGAUUCUGCGGACAUGCACUGGUUGAAUACAAUUAGUACAAAUGGAAAAGUUAACGUGACUUCGCUGUGCGCUGCUAUGCACAAACCGAUAAACAGUAUCGAUAUCAACAGAUCGAUGCUGCUUUUUGGAUGUGACAAUGAAGCUAUGUAUAUUGUAAAAAAUGUACUUAUUUAACAGAGUUAUCCAUAUGUGUGUGUAUAUAUAUAUUAUUUUUUAUAUCUUUAUUAUAUUUAAAAUAAAUUUGAAAUCGCCAUCUUUUCUGUACUUA